AUGUCGACUGCAGAAUUCACCCAAUUGUUAGAAAACACGAUCCUGAGUCCCGAUGCAAAUAUCCGUUUGGAAAGUGAAACUCAAUUGAAAAGAUUUUCAAAUGAAAAUUUCGUUCAGUAUGCAGGCCUCCUAUCUCAAGUGCUGAUUGAAGAAAACUCAAGAGUGGAGCCUCGUAUCCUGGCCGCAUUGAACUUGAAGAACGAAUUGAUAUCAAAGGAUUCCAUUAAAAAUUCACAAUUCGCACAACGUUGGUCUCAACAGAUCGACCUUGAAUCAAGAUCCCAGAUCAAACAAAACGCUUUGGCGGCUUUGACCUCAAGUGAGCCUCGUGUAGCGAAUGCGUCAGCACAAUUGAUUGCUGCCAUUGCAGAUAUAGAAUUGCCUCAAAAUGAAUGGCAAGACCUUAUGAAAAUUAUGGUAGAUCAUACUAGUCCAAAUCAAAGUGAAAACAGUAGAAGAGCAGCUCUAUUGACCAUCGGUUAUAUUUGUGAGAGUGCAGACCCACAAUCUCAAGCUUUAGUAUCUGCAUCAAACCAAAUCUUAAUCGCCAUUGCUCAAUGUACUCAAGCAACAGAACCUUCGAGGACAGUUAGAUUGGCUGCUUUAAAUGCUUUAGCCGAUUCGUUGAUUUUUAUUAAGAACAAUAUGGAACGUGAUGGUGAAAGAAACUAUUUAAUGCAAAUUGUUUGUGAAGCAACUCAAGCUGAUGACGUCGAGAUUCAAGCUGCAUCCUUUGGUUGUUUAUGUAAAAUCAUGUCUUUGUAUUAUGCAUUGAUGAAACCAUACAUGGAACAAGCCUUAUAUGCUUUGACUGUUGCAACCAUGGAAUCUAAGGAUGAUAAAGUUGCAUCCAUGACUGUUGAAUUUUGGUCUACAGUUUGUGAAGAAGAAAUUGAUAUAGCAUAUGAACGUUCUCAAUUUCCAGAGUCUCCUCUACAAAGUUACAAUUUUGCUUUGUCGUCCUUAAAGGAUGUUGUACCAAAUUUAUUAAAAUUAUUAACUAGACAAAAUGAGGACCCAGAAGAUGAUGACUGGAACGUUGCAAUGUCUGCUGGUGCUUGUUUACAAUUAUAUGCUCAAAAUUGUGGAGAUAGUAUCUUAGCGCCUGUAUUAGAAUUUGUUGAACAAAAUAUUACUAGUGAAAAUUGGAGAAAUAGAGAAGCCGCAGUGAUGGCUUUCGGUUCUAUUAUGGAUGGUCCAGAUAAAACUCAAACUACGUUUUAUGUCCAUCAAGCAUUACCCGCAAUUCUAAACUUAAUGCAUGAUCAAACGUUGCAAGUUAAAGAUACCGCUUCAUGGUGCAUUGGUAGAAUUGCUGAUUUGGCAGCCUUGGCUAUCGAUCCUCAACAACAUCUCCCAGGUGUCAUUAAUGCAUGUUUGACUGGUCUUCAGGAUCAUCCAAAAGUAGCCACUAACUGUUCAUGGACAAUAAUCAACUUGACAGAACAGUUAACCGAAGAGAAACCUUCUCCAAUUUAUAAUUAUUAUCCAGCUUUGGUCGAUGGUUUAAUUAAAUGUUCCAAUAGAGCGGACAAUGAAUUUAAUGCUAGGGCUUCUGCGUUUUCCGCGUUAACUACUAUGGUAGAAUUUUCUUCGGAUGAUGUCGCUGAGACUUCUGCCUCGAUAUCUACUUACGUCUUGGAUAAAUUAGGUCAAACUAUGGCUGUCAAUGAGGAACAAUUGAAUUUAGAAGACACCCAAGGUCUUCAAGAAUUACAAUCAAACAUCCUGACUGUAUUGGCUGCUGUCAUUAGAAAAAGUCCUCAAAGUAUUCAAGGUGUUUCUGAUAUGCUAAUGGAUUUAUUUAUUAAAUUAUUACAAAAGAAAGAUGCGUCUUUUAUUGAAGAUGAUGUCUUUUUUGCUAUUUCUGCUCUAUCGAUGUCUCUAGGUAAAGAAUUUCAAAAAUACUUGGAAGCAUUUUCACCUUUCUUAGUGAAGGCUCUAAACCAAGUCGAAUCUACUGUAGCUAUCACAGCAGUCGGUUUCAUUGCUGAUAUUUCUAACUCACUAGAAGAGGAUUUCAAACAAUACGCUGGCUCUUUUAUGAAUGUUUUGGGUCAAAUUUUAUCUAACCCAAGCUCAAGAAAGGAAUUGAAACCAGCUAUCCUAAGUGUCUUUGGUGAUAUUGCAUCAAAUAUUGGUCCUGAUUUUGUUCCUUAUUUACAGGAUGUUAUGGCACUAUGUGUAGCCGCCCAAAAUACUAAACCAGAAAAUGGUACUUUGGAUGCUAUGGACUAUAACACCAGAGUUUUAGAAGCUGUCCUGGAUGCAUAUGUUGGUAUUGUUGGUGGACUACAUGACACUCCACAAGCUAUCUAUCCAUACGUUGGCACCAUCUUCCAAUUUAUAUCUUUAAUUGCAGAUGAUCCACAAUUGUAUACUGAAGAUUCUACUGCUAGAUCUGCUGUAGGUUUAAUUGGUGACAUUGCAUCAAUGAUAUCUGACGGUUCCAUCAAACAAUUCUAUGGACAAGAAGCUAUCACUGACUUAAUUAAGAAAACAAGAAGUAAUCCUUCUUUUUCUCAAGCUACCAAGGAUGUUGCAAGAUGGGCAAGAAAUCAGCAAAAGCUUCAAUUAUCACAAUAA